AGAAGAAGCACAUAAAAAUAAUGAUUAUCAAAACAAAUUAUUAACCUUAAUGAAUGUCGAUGAAUCCAUUUAUAGUAAUGAUAACAACAAUUUCAAUCAAUUCGAAACAAAUAAAAAAAGUGAUAAUUCUCACAAUUUGAAUGAACUAUUAAAAUACGCAGAAUCUUUAACAGAACAAAAUAAAAAUAAUCAAACUAAUGAACACGAGAAAUCAGAAUAUGAUCAUCCACUUAAUAAAACACAAAACGAUAAUAACAUUUCAGAUAUAAACAAUAUAGAUGAAUUUCUAAGUAAUUUUAUUAAAAAUUAUAUGACCAAUAAAAACGAUGAUAACACACAAACAUAUAGUAAUGAUAAAAAACAACAAUACAAACAAAAUGAACAAUGUGAUAAUUAUCAUAGAGAAUAUUUUAAAAAUGUAGAGCAUUUAUAUUCACACAUAAAACAAAAUAUAGAAGAAGAAAAAAAAAAUGAAAUAAAAAAAAUUGAUGAUAAUAUUAAUAGUGACAAAGAAAAAAUAAAAUAUAAUAAUUUAUCAUCCAAAUAUUCUUGUAAUAUGAAAGAAAAUAAUAUGGACCCGGAGCAAGAUCAAAAAGAAAAUAAUAAAAUAUAUAAAUUAUAUAAUUCAUAUAUAUCAUCAUAUUCUAAUGAUAUACAUAUUAUAAAGGAUAAACAAGGAGAAGAACCUAUCGAUAAUUUAAGAAAAAAUAAAAUAAAUGACAUAAAAAAUGAUAUUCAACAUAUAGAAGAUAUGUCUUAUAAUUCAAUUAAUAAAUAUAUUAAUGAUGACAUAUCAAAUUUGAAAUAUAAAAAAAAUACAAAUGUCAAUUCUUUUAAUAAUAUAAAUAAAAAUACUAAAUUGAUUUAUACAAAUAAAGAAAGGAACUCACAUAUUAAGAAACCGAUUGACAAUAUCAAAAAUUAUUAUAUUAGUGUCGAUAAUAAUACUUCAUCAGAUUUAGACAACAAAUGUAUUCUAUAUAAUAAUAAUAAUAAUAAGAAAGAUAUACAUCUACAGAAAAAAGAAAUAUGCAAAUUAAUUAACAAAGAUGAUAAAAAUUUAUUUAAUAAAAAUAUUAAUUCUGACAAAAAUAAAAAUCAUUCUAAUAAUAAUGUAAACCGAAAAAAUCAAAUACAUCAAAAAAAAAAAACAGAAAAUUUAAUAAAUAAUAAUCCAAACUUAUUUCAUAAUCAAGACGAAGAAGAAUCUAAUAAAACGAGGGAAUUAAAUCUAGAUAUUAUAGAUGAUAUAAAACAAAAAUUUUCAAUUCAUGAUCAUAUCCAACAACAUAUUAAUUAUGCAACUAAUAUUGAUUAUAAUAAUGUGGAAGAAAAAAAACAGAAUAUUUACACAAAUAAUAAAUAUGUAAAUGAAAUAAAAGAUUUAAAAAUCAACAAUAUAUGUGAUAAUAAUACAAACAGAAAAAAGGUUGAAACGUUUUGCAUACACAGUAACGAAAUAAAGAAAUAUAUAAAUAAAAAUAAAUAUAACGAUUCAAUAUCAUGUGAUGAAGACAACAAAGCAGAUCAUAAAAAUGACAAUCAUUACGAUCUUGAUGAAUAUGAAAAACCUUUUGGUUAUAAUACACAAGAUAUGAAAAGAAUCGAAGAAACAAAUAAUAUUUUUUAUAAUAAUUAUUCUAAUGAUGAUCAUAUAAAUUAUUAUCAUAUCGAUGAGAAAAAAAAAAUCAAGGAUAUUUUAUAUGAUCUUAAAAAAUAUUAUCUUCCUUCCUCACAAAACAAAAAAGAAUUAAAAAGCUACAAUCCUACAGAUACAGAAUUUUUAGAAUAUAUAAAUAAAUAUCUAGAUGAUAACAAUAAUAUGUAUGACAUUAAUAUAUAUAAUGAAGUCAUAUGUAAAAAUCAAAAAGAAGAAAAUCAAAUAAAUGCACACAAAGAUGGAGACCAUGAUAAAUCACAAAAUAAAUAUGAUAACAACAAAAAUGAUAUUGAAGAUAAUAAUAAUAUUUUUCAUCAUGUCUUAAAAAAUGAAAAAGAAAAAUCAACUUAUUUAUUGCCAAAAUUUUCUGAUGAACAUAAAACCAACUCGUUUAAUUCACACAAUAUAAUAAAUAAUAAAACAUUAAAAAUAUAUAACAAUAUAAAUAUGAACAAUGUCAGAAAAAAUAUGAAUGAAAUAGUUUUAAAAAAAAAUGAGGAACACAAUAUAAAAAGUGUUACAGAAAGGAUAGAAGAAGAAAAUCAAGUUGUGGGCAAAGAAAAUUUUGAUGACUUAAAUAAUAUGAAGAAUGAACAAGAAGAUUAUAAAAAAAAUGACAACACAUAUAAUAACAAGAUAGAGAAUAUGUUUGAAAAAGAUAUAGAUAUAAAAGAAACAUUACUUACAAAUAAGAUAAGAAAAAAUGAAGAUAUUAUCAAAAAACAUAUAAUUGGAAAUUCAUCACCAAAAAAACAAACAAAUAGUAAUAAUCAACAUGAUAUACAUAUUAAAAAAAUAGAAUUAA